AACAAUAACUGCGCUGCGGGUUUAGAGAGAGACCACCAAAAGAUCAUGGGAUGGACUUUGCCCACAUUCCGAAUUCAUCUUUUUCAUCCUUCAGUUCGCCCGAGAACCUCCAGGAAGACCACGAGCAGUACAACAACGCGCUCAUGCCCAGCAUCUUUGGCGUCAUCUGCUUCUUCGGGAUCUUCGGGAACUCCGUCGUCAUCUACACCAUCGUGAAGAAAACCAAGCUGUGCUCCCAGCCAACGGUGCCGGACAUCUUCAUCUUCAGCCUGUCCAUCGCGGACCUCCUCUUUCUCCUCGGCAUGCCCUUCCUCAUCCACCAGCUCGUGGGCCGCGGCUCCUGGUGCUUCGGUGGCACCAUGUGCACCGUCAUCACGGCGCUCGAUUCCAACAGCCAGAUCGUAAGCACCUACAUCCUGACCGUGAUGACCCUGGACCGCUACCUGGCCACCGUGCAUCCCAUCCGCUUCAAACACGUCCGGACCCCCUUCGUGGCCGGGGCGGCGGUGGCCCUGGUGUGGGUGUUUUCCCUGGUCUCCAUCACCCCGGUCUGGAUGUACACGGGACUCAUGCAUCUGAAGGACGGCUCCGUCGGCUGCGCCCUCCUGCUGCCCGACCCGGCCACGUACUGGUUCACCCUCUACCAGUUCUUCUUGGCCUUCGCUCUGCCCUGGGUGGUCAUCUGCGGGGUCUUCUUCAAGAUUCUCCAAAACAUGUCGGCCGCGGUCGCCCCACUGCCCCGGCGCAGCCAGAGGGUGCGCACCAGAAAGGUGACCCGCAUGGCGGUGGCCAUCUGCCUGGCGUUCUUUGUUUGCUGGGCCCCCUACUACGUCCUGCAGCUGGCCCACCUCGGAGUGCAGCGGCCCACCUUCGCCUUCCUGUACGCCUACAACAUUGCCAUCAGCCUGGGCUACGCCAACAGCUGCAUCAACCCGUUUAUCUACAUUGUGCUGAGCGAGACGUUCAAGAGGCAACUCGUCGUGGCCCUUCGUCCGCCCCACGGGGUUCUCAGGGUGGCCCCUGCUCCGGCCGACGGCAGCAUGAGUCUGAAGGUGGCCCCGGACUGCUCUCAGCCGUCCCACUCUCAGUCAAAAAGGGAACUGCUUCGAAACAUGCUGCCCGCCACCGUGGCCGUGCACUGAGGUGGACCCCUGACUGUCCAUCCAAGGCCACCGUCCACAAAGGGGUCCACCUGCCACCUCUACCAGCUGUUAGUCCCCUCAGCACUCACCUCUGCUGCAUUAACAACAUGCACGUGACUCUGCUGAACUCUAAUGUACAUGUAGCUGUGACAUUUCAAAUGAGUCACUAACUCAUGUUUAGACUCAGCCAGGAAACAGUUAAACAUAAUCAACCAUUCAACAAUGGAAAACAAAUAACACCGGCUAUUUCAUAAGAGAGCCUACUGAGAUGCUUACAGCGGGUUCACUUAAUGAAAGAUAUCAAGCCUCUGUAUAAACUGAUGCAUCUUUGACAUGAACUUCAAAUGGCCAAAACUAUCUCAAUAGUUUAAAAAUUGGACUAAAAGGAGAAUUUAGUUCUUUUUUUUUUUCUUCUUCUACAGCUAAAUUAGGGGUAGUCCAUGCAAACCAACGUGGAUUUUAUGCCUCUGCAAAACUCAACAUAACAAUUGUUGUGAGCUGAAAUUUGAGUUGUGAGCAGUAUUUAACUGUGAUUGGCUGUUUUAUGUUGUCGUACCAGUAUUUGUGGGAUUGCAGGAUGUAUUGUUAGUCUGUCACUACGUUUGUGGCUUUGAGUCACAGCUCUAAUAACUCUAAUAACCCUCCAGCCAUCUGAUUCAUGCUCUUAGCGAUGCAUCAACUGUCUCAUUAAAGACUUUUGCCGGGUCACUGUGUGCAUAUUUAAAUGUCAAAACAAUUGUCAGUGCAACACCAUUAGAGCGAGGAGGUGCUGCUCCUAUACACUCCAUGUGACUGAUGUGUUUUGAACCACAAUCGCUGACUAAGCGACCACAGAAGCACACUGACAAAGUGUUUUGUGUCACCGGCAACUAUAUAGAUACCAAAUGUCAUUACUCGCUGUAUGUACAGUAUGUGGCUGUUCGGCUUGUGAUGUAGCUAUUAGUCUGUGUGUAUUUAACUGGGCCUCUUUACUGUGAUGACGGAUACAGGCUACACUGUGGCAUGUCUAUAGCAAGCUGUACUGCAUGUUUUAACUGUUUAAUUCUCCUCCAGGGGAUAAAGAAUGUGUGUGUGUGUGUGUGUGUGUGUGUGUGUGUGUGUGUGUACACAAUGUGAAAGCACUUGUCUCAUCCGGUGGUCAAAUUCAGUUUACUCCUAAAUUUUCAAUG